AUGUGUGCACAAAAAACAAAUACUACUUCAAGAACGGCAGCAGCAACAUCUCAUGUGGACUAUCCUCAGCAUCGCAUUGCUCAAAAUUAUUUACUUGUCUGGAUGGAUGUCGAUAUUGAUCAGACCAGUGAGGACUGUCAAAAUGCACUGGCUCAACUGUCUCACAUCGUCAAUGAUGUGAACAUCUUUACACAAACUGAUCAAUGCAUCGAGUUCCUUAACAGUAUUGACAAACAAAAGGUCUUCAUCGUUAUCUCAGACACUCUGGGUCAACAUUUAGUUCCGGACAUUCAUCUUCUGCCACAGCUAGAUGCCAUUUAUAUCUUCUGUAGCAAUAAAUCACACGAUGAACAGUGGACACAAGAAUGGAAUAAAAUCAAGGGUGUUUAUACGAACAUUGAGUCCAUCUGUGAAGCACUGCAAGUGGCCGUGAAACAAUGCAAUGAAGAUUCUAUUCCGGUAAGCUUUGUUGACACGAAUGAAGGAGGCUUUGAGCAAAACUUGAACGAACUCGAGCCGAAAUUUAUGUAUACACAAAUCUUCAAAGACAUUCUUCUUGAAAUGGAAUAUGACAACAAUGCCGUCAAAGACUUGGCCACUUUCUGCCACAAUCUUCAUCAUGGCAAUCUGUCACAAUUAAAGAUUGUCGAUGAAUUUGAACGUAAUUAUCGUCCACAGUUGUCUAUCUGGUGGUAUACACGUGAAUGUUUCACCUAUCAAAUGCUCAAUCGCGCACUUCGCACCCUAGAAGGUGAUAUAAUCAUUAAAAUGGGCUUUUUCAUUUGUGAUCUACACCGAGAAAUUGGAGAAUUACAUCAAAAACAGGUCAGUAACUAUAAUGGGAAGUUGUUUAUCGUCUAUCGUGGUCAAGGUCUAUCAAAGGGAGAUUUUGAGAAACUCUUCAAGACCAAAGGUGGGUUAAUGUCCUUCAACAGCUUUUUAUCUACCAGUACAAAACGAGACGUGUCUCUUCGCUUCGCUAAAAACGCCUUGACAAAAACUGACACAGUCGGCAUUAUCUUUCAUAUGCUAAUCGAUCCUACCAUUUCGUCCACUCCAUUUGCCGCCAUCGAUGAAGUCAGUUACUUCAAGACGGAAAAGGAACUUCUCUUCUCGAUGCAUACUGUUUUUCGGAUCGGUGAAAUUACCCAAAUUGACAAAAACGAGUCACUCUAUCAAGUGGAACUUCGGCUUACAGCUGACGAUGACCCUCAACUUCGUAUACUCACCGAUUGUAUACGAGAAGAAGUGGCAGGUAAUACAGGAUGGAAACGAAUGGGUAUUUUGUUACUGAGAAUAGGACAAUCCGAUAAGGCCGAAGAACUGUAUAACGUACUGUUAGAACAGGCAUCCGACGAGAGUGAAAAAGCAUAUUAUUAUCAUCAGCUUGGAUCUGCCAAAACUGAUCAAGGUGAUUAUAAAAAGGCUAUUGGGUAUUACGAACAAGGACUUGAAAUCUUCAAAAAAACUCUUCCACCUGACCAUCCUUUGUUGGCUACUUCCUACAGCAACAUUGGUGAGGUGUAUGAUAAUAUGGGAGAGUACUUGAAGGCACUCUCGUGGUAUGAAAAAGCACUUGAAAUCCAACAGAAAACUGUUUCUUCUAAUGAUCUUCCAUUGGCUACUUCUUACAAUAAUAUAGGUAAAGUGUAUGACAGCAUGGGAGAGUACUCGAAAGCACUUUCGUUCUAUGACAAAGCACUUGAAAUCAAAGAGAAAACUCUUCUUUCUAAUCAUCCUUCAUUGGCUACUUCUUACAACAAUAUUGGUAAGGUGUAUGACAGUAUGGGAGAGUACUCGAAAGCACUUUCGUCUUAUGAAAAAGCACUUGGAAUUCAAGAAAAAAUUCUUCUUCCUAAUCAUCCUUCAUUAGCUGCUUCUUAUAAUAACAUCGGAACAGUGUAUCAGAACAUGGACGAGUACUCAAAAGCACUUUCGUUUCACGAUAAAGCACUUGAAAUUCAACAGACAGCUCUUCCUCGUCAUCAUCCUGAUUUGGCUACUUCCUACAACAACAUCGCUACUUUAUAUUACAACAUGGAAGAGUACUCGAAAGCACUUUCGUUUUAUAAAAAAGCACUUGAAAUCUGCCUGAGAACACUUCCUGCUAAUCACCCUUCAUUAGCUACUUCCUACGACAACAUGGGUAGUGUGCAUAACAGCAUGGAAGAGUAUUCAAAAGCACUCUUCUUUCAUAAAAAAGCGCUUGAAAUUCGUCAGCAAACUCUUCUUCCUAACUAUCCUGAAUUGGCAACUUCCUACAACAAUAUGGGUAGAAUCUAUGAUAGCAUAGGAGAGUACCCGAAAGCACUUUCUUUUUCUAAAAAAGCAAUUGAAAUUCUACAGAACAUUCUUCCUCCUACUCAUCCUCAUUUGGUUACUUGCUACAACAACAUAGGUGAUGCGUAUAUGAAUAUGGGAGAGUACUCGAAAGCACUCUCGUUUUUUGAAAAAGCAAUUGAAAUUCAACAGAAAACUCUUCCUACAAAUCAUCCUCAUUUGGCUACUUCCUACAACAACAUCGGAAUGGUGUACGACAGCAUGGAGGAGUACUCAAAAGCACUCUCCUUUUAUAAAAAAGCGCUCGAAAUUCGUAAGGAAACUCUUCUUCCUAACCACUCUGAAUUGGCUGCCUCCUACAACAAUAUCGGAUUGGUGUAUAACCACAUGAAGAAGUAUUCAAAAGCACUCUCGUGGUAUGAAAAAGCACUUGAAAUCAUCGAGAAAACUCCUCUUCAUAAUCAGAUUUCAUUGGCUAGUUCAUACAACAACAUCGGUGCAUUGUAUAUGAAUAUGAGCGAGUACUCGAAAGCAUUUUUAUUUCAUGGGAAGGCACUUGAAGUUCGACAGAAAACUCUUCCUCCUGAUCAUCCUGAUUUGGCUACUUGCUACAACAACAUUGCUUCUUUGUAUUACCAUAUGAAAGAUUAUUCUAAUGCGCUCCCAUAUUUUCAGCGUGCAUUGGACAUUUGUCAACGUUCAUUACCUCCAAAUCAUCCUCAUCUGCAAAAUACGCAGGAAAAUAUUGAAGCUGUGAAGAAAAAGAUUUUUUUUAAUUGUAUCUGA